UAUUAUUUCCGUUAAAAUAAUGGAUGUAUUUGGUUUUAUAAAUAGAGAAAGUCGCGGAAUUUAUUUGAAAACAAAUUUCCUGACAAAUUGAAUUGUUAAUAGCACAAUCGGACAUGAACCUUUCAAGUGUAUUUUGUCUUCAUGUUGUGCCAGCCAACAACUACAAUAUGUUCCAUUGAUUUUCGAUACAUACCUGCCGGGCGGCCAAUUGAUAGAUAGGAUUGAAUAGGUUUUAUUCGUUUCUGGGUUUGUGUGGGACUUAUUGUCAUUUCUUUUCCAGAGAUAUGCUAUAAUAUGAAGAUACAAGCUAGCGCGCGCUCCACAAGUAAACAAAUUAAGUGUGUGACCGCUUUUAUGUCAAUAAGAAUCUAUUUGUUCAACGAAUUUACAAUUUCCAUUCAAUAUAUGUAGUCAUCUAUGCAUGGAGAGAAUGAGUUUCCUAUUACUGAUAAAUCACAACGUCAACAAUAAAAAUCACUCUAAAAUAUGAUUUUAAGGUGUGUAUCGCAUACCUAUGUAGUCGAAGCAAUGCAGAAAGUAACACUUUCUGAUGUCAUCUCAAAAUCAGUUUUUGACUGCAUUCCGUUGAAUGAAGAAGUGAAAUACGCUGUGGUGUAUACAAAAGCCGAUAAUAUUUAGAAGAAGAAAAAAAUGUGUCACUGCAAUCGUCUCGGAAAACUUACUUUCAUUUUUAUUUUAUAUUUUUUGGCAAUUAAAUAUGUUUCAAGCCAAACUGAUUCAUAUACAAUUGGUAUUCAACGAAAUAAAAGUGGAACAACAUCAAAGUGGUCCAAAAAUAAAUUGAAUUAUGAUACUUGUGGCGGAACAUUUCGUGAUAAACAAGUGAUCAUUAGUUCUCCGCGUUAUCCAAACUCUUAUUCGAAAAAUUUAAAUUGCGAAUACGUUUUUUAUUCACCAUUUGUGUGUACAAAUGAAUUUCAUAUACAAUUUUUGCAUUUUGACUUGGAACCAUCUUUAAACUGCUUCAAAGAUAAAGUUUUUAUUGGCCCAAAUGAAGUAUUGUGUGGUCAAGUCGUUGGAAUUAUGAAGUAUAAAGCCACAAAUGGCACAUUCCGAAUAAAAUUUAUCAGUGACAAUACAAUUGAAAAUAAAGGCUUUGAAAUGUUAGUCACCCGAUUACCUUGUACUGAACGUGACCUUAAAAAUGACUCAAAAGAGUCAUCUACUAGGAACGUUUUAUCACUUUCUGAGCAGUAUAUAGUUCCAGUGACAAACAAUUAUAAAUUUCAUCCCGUGGCCAAGCAAAAUAAUAUAUUUUCGACGAAUUCACCAGCAACCGUUACAGUGUCUAACUCAAAUUCAGAAAGCAGCUAUCCGGGAACAUCAAUUGUAAAACCCAUUUGCUUAAGUCAAUCGCGACCAAAUCAUAAUAAUUUUACUCCGAAUUUACCUGGCUGCUGUGUUAAUGUCUACAAUCAACAAAAAUUCUACCUGAUCAGUCCUGGCUUUGGAAGUGAACCACAAUUCUAUAGUGAUUGUUUAUACUUUAUUGAGCGUCAUCAUUCGAACGUUUGUCGAUUGCGGAUCGAAUUCAAAUACUUCCUUUUGGGCGGCGGGCAACAACGUCAAUGCACUCAUAGCUUUUUAGAAAUUGAUGGACGCCGGUUCUGUGGUUGCAAAACAGGUUCCACCUACUAUACACAAUGGGGACAAUCGCCAAAAUCAAUUCGAUUCGUAAAUGUACCGGGAUUUGGUGAGAUUCAGGGAUUCCUUUUGGAAAUUACACAAGAAUUAUGUCCAAAUAGAUCAGUUGAUUUGCUAUCAGCAAAAUAUAUUGACACAUUUGAACAGCUUCCCUUGAACAAUCAUUUCAUACACAAAAGCGACCCCCGGAGAUGCUCACAAAAUUACAUUUCGUGGCUGAACAUCAAUACAAAUAAAGAACUAUUAUCAAAGUCAAUUUGUGUACGAAAUUCAAGUUAAACCCCCAAAGUAGACCAUAAGUGGGUAUAAUAUAUCAAAUAUGAACAUUUAAUGAAUUUCGAAUUGCAGUAUGUUUCACUUGAUUUUUACUAUACACCUGUUGAAAAUAUUUCAAAUUAUUCAGCAUCAUUUAAAUACAACAAACACAA